ACUCAACCCAUUCAGUGACUGCCGCCAACAUGUUGUCGCGCUCGUUGUUCCUUCGCCGCAGCUUUGCCACGGCCGUGCGCUACCAUGCGCAAGGAGUGCCCCAGGAAGUCCUCAAGGUUGAAGCCGCGCCGGCCGCGACCGCCGCAUUGCGAGCUGGUGAAGUCGCGCUCAAGUUUUUGGCGGCGCCAAUUAACCCUGCCGACUUACACAUGAUCCGUGGCGGCUACGGUAUCAAGCCUACGUUGCCCGCUGUCGGUGGUAACGAAGGUGUGGCGCGCGUUACAGCCGUUGGCAGCGGCGUCACUGGUCUCAAGAUCGGCGACCGCGUCAUCCCAGCUGUCGCCGGCUUUGGUACCUGGCGCACGGACGCCGUGGCCAAGGAAGCUGACUUGUUGGCUGUGUCCGACAAGAUUCCUGUUGAAUACGCCGCGACUCUGGCGGUCAACCCUGCCACGGCCUACCGCAUGUUGGCUGACUUUGCCACCCUCAAAAGCGGCGAUGUGGUGAUCCAGAAUGCAGCCAACUCGGCUGUCGGCCAAGCUGUCAUCCAACUCGCGGCGUUGCGCGGUAUCAAAACCAUCAACAUCAUCCGCGACGACGAACAGUACGCCGAGACGGUUGAGCACCUCAAAGGUCUCGGCGCCACGAUUGUCAUGACCGACGACUACUUGGGGUCCGCGGACUUCAAGCGCUUGAUUGCCGACUUGCCGGCCCCCAAACUCGCGCUCAACGGCGUCGGCGGUGCCAGCUCGCUUCAAAUCACCAAGGCAUUGGCCAAAGGCGGCGUGUCUGUCACGUAUGGUGGUCAGUCCCACGAACCUGUGCUCGUCUCGACGACGGCGCUCAUCUUCCAAGACGUGUCUGUGCGCGGCUUCUGGCUCUCGGAGUGGUCCAAAAAUGCUCCCGUCGACGAGCGAAAGGCCAUGUUGGCGGAACUCGCCACGUUGUUCGAACAAGGCAAGCUCCGCUCGUGGGUUGAAACGUACCCGUUGGCCAACUUUGACCAGGCCCUGGACGCCGUCGUCCACCGAUUGACCAAGCGUAAAGUCGUGCUCCUCUUGGAAUAGAAUCGCUUCAUAAUGCCAGUGCGUAUUCCGCGAUGGGU